GAAAACAAUUAUCAAAAACCUUCUCAACGACACACUUUCUUUUGUAAUUUAUCUGGUUACUUUUCUGAUACCCAAUUCAAUUCAUUUUCGUACAUAGAAUCUACGCAGCCUCAAAUCCGAUUCUUCGAUAUCGUCGAAUAUUUGCUAUCAGUCUGCAACAAAAAGCAACAAUCGCAUACAAUCAAAACCCCUCUAUCUCCUUUCUUUCAAAAUGGAUCAAAGAGAACUUACCUCGAGGGUUUCGGCUCUUCAGAAGGCGAUCAAUGACAAAGAGCCGGCAGCGAACGUCAUUACGAUUAUGGAAACUCUGAAGAGAGAUGUAAAUGCCACGGAAGAACUUCUUAGGGCAACCAAGGCAGGAAUGGUAGUAGCCAAACAACGAGGAAACGCGAAUAAAGAGAUUGCCAAGCUUGCCACUGAAAUCGUCACCAAGUGGAAAAAAACAGUCGAAGUUGAAAAAGAAAAGCGCAAAGCAAAGCAAAUGGCAUCCGGAUCUUCUCCCGCAGUUCGCAGCAACGGUACUUCCUCUCCUGCGCCCGCACCUAGCGCCCCAGUCACGAAAGCCUUCAAGGGCGAUUCUUCAAAGCGAAGAUGGGAAACUGAUAAAGUCGAUACUAAGCGUACGGGCCUUCCAACACGCGAUGCUUGUAUUGGAUUAAUGUAUAAUGGUCUUGCUUUCAAAUGCGAAGAACCUCCCACCCAUGUCAUUAUCAAGGCUAUGGCUGUUGAACAAGCUGCGUUUGAUCAUUUUGGAGGUGAGACGAAGGAAUACAAAGAGAAGCUUCGUUCCCUCUUUCAAAAUCUCAAACAAGUAUCCAAUACGCAGUUGCGCAAGAGAGUCAUGUCGGGAGAUAUUGACCCAGCUCGUUUUGUUGUCAUGACGCAUGAGGAAUUAAAGUCAGAGGAGAUGAAGAAGAAGGACGACGCGUUAGAGUUGGAGAACAUGAAGAAGGCUCAGGUACCAAUGGCGGAGAAGAGUAUUAGUGAUGCUUUAACAUGCGGAAAAUGUGGUCAGAAGAAAGUCAGUUAUUCGCAAGCACAGACUCGCAGUGCUGAUGAACCUAUGACGACUUUCUGCGAAUGUCAAGUUUGUGGACAUCGCUGGAAGUUCUCUUGAACGAUGAAUACUCGGCAAAAAUUCUCUUCUCAGUUCGGUUUUAUUAUGGAUGGUUUAGGGGCAAAGGAGUGCAUAGGUGAAAUUUUUUGUUUUCAGGGUGGUUUUCAAGCAUGGAGUUUACUCGAAAUACCUCCCGCAGGUCUCCCUAGAUUGCGGUUAUGUUAUUUUCGAUGAAAGUUCACAUAUCGCAUUUGAGUAAAUGAAGAUCGAUGGAUGUCUAGCAUGUGACACACACAGAGCUUUCGGUAGUAACAUCAACUAAAUCGAUACGAGAGAAAUUUAAGUUCAUUUUCUACA